GCGGGCCGGGCCUACAUGGGCUCCCACCGGGCUCAGUCAUGGGCCGCCACAAUUCAUCAUAGAUUUGUCGAUCUCAUCCGCGCCGUUGCUUUCCCGCUUCAGUCUCUCUUCUCCAUCGCCCAGCCUCCGGAAAUUGUUUCUAUAAAAUACCUCCGACACUCCGCUGUUCGCUGUCGGACCUCGUCGGCUCCAUUCUCCGUUAGGUUUGUAGGAUUUGGACUCUGGACUUUGGGUCGGAUAAUGGCUGCGAGCUCCAGAGGCUUUGCGCCGCAGCCAUUAGGCUUUAGAAUUAGGAGGGUGAGAGCUUUCCCUCCGCUGCAAGGCCCGCGAACGCUAGAGUUACGAAGAAGGAAAGUUCAAGAAGGGAUCCUAUACUGUUGCUCGGACUCGGAGAUUCGCAAACUUACGCAGCGGAAGAGCCCUGCCGAUACGCUCGAGGAGUGGCGACGGAUGGAGCUGAAGAACAGCCCCAGGAGAUUCCGGGCGAGAGCUAUGCCGGCCACGCCCUUAUCUUUCGCAAGGUCGAAAGGGCUUUCUAAGCAGAAAGACUUUUAUCCUCGAUGCAACAACCCAAAGAACAAUGCUCCUCAAUCUCGUGAUACUCCACCUGAAAGAGACACUGGUAUUGGUAGUGAAAAGGAUUGGGGAAUCAACUUGUUGGAUGAGCAUGUUAAUGAAUCUGGCAUUAAUCAGGAUGGUAGUACAUGGUAUCAAGAAAGUGGAGAAGAACGUGGAGAUAAUGGCUACAAGUGCCGAUGGAACAAAAUGGGCGGCCAAUCUCAUGACGGUUCUUCAGAAUGGAAAGAAAAUUGGUGGGAGAAAAGUGAUUGGACUGGAUACAAAGAAUUAGGUGCAGAGAAAUCUGGAAAAAAUGCUGAUGGAGAUUCAUGGUGGGAGACAUGGCAAGAAGUUCUCUACCAAGAUGAAUGGAGUAAUCUUGCAAGGAUAGAGAGAAGUGCUCAGAAGCAAGCAAAAUCUGGUUCAGAAAAUGCUGAAUGGUAUGAGAAUUGGUGGGAAAAAUAUGAUGCUAAAGGUUGGACAAAAAAAGGAGCUUACAAGCAUGGAACCCUUAAUGAUCAAUCAUGGUGGGAAAAGUGGGGGGAAGAAUAUGAUGGCAGAGGAUCAGUAAACAAAUGGACUGAUAAAUGGGCAGCUCAAGCUAACCUAGGCACCAAAUGGGGAGACAAGUGGGAGGAAAACUUUUUUUCGGGCAUAGGGUCUCGCCAUGGGGAAACAUGGCAUCUAUCUCCUACUGGUGAACGUUGGUCAAGAACCUGGGGUGAAGAACACUUUGGAAAUGGGAAGGUGCACAAAUACGGCAAGAGCACAACAAGGGAAAGCUGGGAUAUUGUGGUGGAUGAAGAUACCUACUACGAGUCCGAGCCUCAUUAUGGAUGGGCAGAUGUUGUGCGUGAUUCAACUCAGUUGCUAUCCAUAAAGCCUUUGGAAAGACCACCUGGAGUGUUUCCUGAUAUGGAUUUUGGGUCAUCACCUCCAAGGCCACCUGGUCCACCCUCCACCGGUUCAUAGAGUCCCUGCAUUUUUUUUUUUAAUUUGAUUUCAAUUUUGUGAUGAAAGACUCGUAUUGUUUUAGGGGUUAGAAUGAACUUUUUUAUGAUAUUUCAUUCAUAUGUUCAUUUA